AGCUGAUAAACUAUACAAAAUAAUUUGAUUCAUCGCAUAUCAACGCUAUUUGUUUAUUUGAUCCAUUUGCGCCAUGUUCCAUCAAACUUCGAUUAUGAUAUCAUCAUUAUAACUUCUACAUAAUGAGAUUUUUUGGAAAAUCUAAGUCGACAGUUUCGUUACAUCAAACAUCAGGAGAACUGGAAACUAGUAUAAGGAAUCUAGAGGAGAAAAUCAAUUCAUGCAAUGUUGAAUUAGCUCGCCUGAAGACGGUACUAUGUGGUUCAUCAAAUGCCACUGCUCUGUCUGCAGCUAAACGCAAGGCAACCACUAUAUUACGACGCAGACAGGUUUAUGAAACCCAGCGAGAUCAAUUGCUUGGGGCUCAAUUGGCUGUAGAUAAUUGUAAUCACAUAUAUAGUCAGGUUCAAACUGCUGCUCAAAUUCACAAUGCGCUUUCUGCAUCGUUAAAAGCAACGAAAAAACAAUUGAAGAAAACCAAUUUUGAUGACCUAGAGCGUCUCCAGGAGGAUAUGGAAGAUUUACAAGACUACACGGAAGAUAUUAAUGAUGCGCUGAUUCGCCCUGAUUUAGUUGGUUCACAGAUAGAUGAUGCAGAGCUGGAGUUUGAGUUAUCUACACUUGCUGAGCAGGAUGUUGAAGUGCCCCCGGUAUCUGCAUCUCGUGUUACUAGUGUGAAGACCGCUAUCGCUAAAGCAACAGAGUUCUUUGAGGAUAUGAUAGCACCAACGCCUCCCACAUCAAGAGGAACUAAAAUAAAGGAUAUAGAUUCAAACAUUAAGAAUUGAGACCAUAUAACCACAUUGUUACAUGUUA